AUGGCUGCUCGUCGACUACCUGGUCUUCUAAAGCACCGAAUUCGCCUUCGUGAUCCGGUCUUCGGUACUGCUCUAGUUGAUCAUUUGAAUAGGACUGGUCGAAAAAUCCCUCUUAUUGUCGAAAGAUGUUGUGAAGCAAUCGAGCAUCAAGGUGUUGUAACGGGUAUUUACCGUCAAUGUGGAAUCCAGUCAAAUAUACAAAAGCUUAGGGCAAAAUUUGAUAGUGGUAACGAGCCAGAUCUCUUCGAAUUCGGUCAAAGAGAUAUUUACUCUGUUUCCUCUUUGCUGAAACAGUAUUUUCGUCAACUGCCUAACCCACUGUUCACGUUUCAGUCCUAUUCAAAAAUUUUGUCAGCUUUUGAAAGCUCCGAAGACGACAAAAUCAGCAAACUACGAAGCGUCUUGGAAACAAUGCCAAUAGCCCACUUACGAGCACCUCCUGUACUUGCUGGUGGAGAUUCUCACCUGCUGAAUGGGCUAGAUGUGCAUACAUCACUUUGUAGCUACCUUAUCAUCAAUUCAGCAUCAAUCUUCAUAGAAGAGAAUGCUGAUCCUGUCGAACGAACAGGUAAGGUUCCUUCCAUUUGAGA